ACCUUGUGGUUGUUGUCAAGGCUUGCCGUCACUCACAUUCACACAUCAGCCUCUCCAACAGGUGAAUCCUACGAAGAGAUAACAAUGUCUACUCGCCUUGACAACCUGUUAAAGUCCAAGUCUUUGGAGGCGUCGUCUCUAUGGCAGCAGCAUACACUAUUUGGGGAAACGAAGGUCAAGGAAUGUUUCCUCCUAUGCCAGAUCCUACCGGUGACCCUAAAACGUGGUCUCGAGAAGAGUGUCGACUGUGGUUGGAAAAAAGAAACCUACAUCCAGAUCCUAAAGCUACGAAAGAGGAGCUCAUCGAAAGGGUCGUAGCCAAUAUGCGUAUCCCAAGAAAAUAAAGAGCCGGCUGAGACAGACUAGAGUCAUUGUUGCAAUUGCUUGUCCCUUUGUUGCACUACUUUACUUGAUACCACAGUUAAAUGUCUUGUCCUCAUACAAUACGAUUGUUUUUUUUUCCAUCCAAAGUUUAGUAUUACAAGUUUAAACUUGA